CCAACAUAAAGUGAGCUUUUCGCAGGUGGGACCUUGAGACGAAGUUACCCGUUACAUGUACGACGGGCAAAGCUGGACUUGUCUGCAGCCCAAGAAAAGCUUUGGGUGUGAAUAAGUCAGCCAGGAACUGCAGCGCCCAUGACCACGAGCUCGGAGCGUCCAGAGAUCCGCACGCGCUUUGACUCGCACGACGAGAGCGUCAGACUGCACCUCGUUCCUCCUUCGUCUGCGGAUCGCUCGCCACUCAAGUCGUGGCGCAAUUUGCCGAGCCCAGUAGGCCACCACCAUCUAUUGGAAAGCCAAUUAGAAUAUGAGGAGAUUGAGGAGCAGGCGCGAAAGCAAGGAAGGACUAAGACACGCACUAUCAACCACAUUACACUUGGCUUCAUCGCAUACUUCGCUGUUGCAGCAGGGCCAUUUGGAGUCGAGGAUGCAGUGCGAGCAGCUGGAGCGUACCCGGUACUACUGGCUGUAGUUCUACUGCCGUUCACGUGGGGAUUACCGCAAGCUCUCAUGACGGCAGAGCUCAGCUCCAUGAUCGACGAGAAUGGUGGCUACAUUCUGUGGGUACGACGUGGACUGGGCCAGUACGCAGGUUGGGUUAAUGCCUUCAACAGCAUCGCCAGCAACGUCUGCGACUUGCCAACGUAUCCAGUGUUAUUCUGCAGCUAUGUGGAGGCAUUUAUGGCGUCAGGUUAUGGCUACACACUGACAAGCACGGAGCAAUGGCUGGUCAAGUGCUGUGCACUGCUUCUGGUGUUCACGUCCAACGCAGUUGGCAUGCGCGCUGUGGCUCUAGCUUCAGUUCUCAUGUCACUAUUUGUAUUGGCACCGUUCGUACUGGAACCGUUGUCGGUGGAGACGUUUAACCUGGCGACAUGGGGCAGCGUAGCGCCACAAAUCGACUGGUCGCUGUUUCUCUCUACGAUCCUAUGGAACUACCAAGGUUGGGACUCGCUUGGGUGCGUCGCAGGUGAAGUGAAGGACGGCGGCAGGACCUACCCGAUUGCCAUAGUGAUCGCAAUGAUCCUGAUCACGAUCAACUAUGCGUUCCCAGUUGGUGCUGGCAUCAUGGUGCAGUCUGACUUCUCUCAGUGGCACGAGGGUUCUCUGGAGACUAUCGCGAUGACGAUUGCUCCGUGGCUGGGCGUCUGGGUUGGCAUGGCUGCAGUCGUUGCGACGCUAGGAGAGUUCAAUGUCGUCAUGGCGUGCAGCUCACGCGCGCUGUGGGCGACAGCGGACUACAAGAUGCUACCAUCCUGCCUCGCUAUCGAGUGGAAGCGCUUCGGAACGCCCAUAGCUGCGGUGAUUUUCCAAACGAUGACCACGGGAGUGCUCAUGAACUUCUCGUUCGAGUUCCUGGUGGUGCUCGAUACGUUCUUCAACAAGUACGUGACGUGCCUAUUGCUAUUGAUAUUGCUGUGUAUGUACACUGAUUUGGCACUUUAUGGCUCUCUGCUACAGUCUCACGUUGUUGCUGGAGUUCUUCGCGUUCCUGCGGCUCAAAUACACUGAGAAAGACACGGAGCGUCCGUUUGUUGUCCCGUUCGGCAACAUCGGCGCUUGGACCAUCACACUGCCAAAGAUCCUGGUGCUUUCGGGGGUAUUGCUCGCUCAGAAGCGCCAUGUAUGGGUGACCUGCGGGCUGUUCAAUCUGGUCGUGUCCAGUGCUUAUCUGGUAUGGCGCCGCUUCCAACCAGCUCCCCAGGUCACAUCCGAGUCCACUACCACCUACGGCACCGGCCACUUGUCUUAGCAUCUGCAUUUAGCUUUUAGCUUUUAGCAUCUCAUAUAUUAACUUCAAAUCUCUACACAACGAUGACCCACUUA